UUUUCGGCUCUGUGGAGGCGGACCGCUACAGGCGCGCACAGCACGACGCGCGCACCAGCGCGUCUGCAAAUAACCCCAUUGUGCACGUUGACUCUUCUUUCCAGGCUCUCUCCUCUUUCUGUUUCCAUCGUCGCUCGCUGACCAAACGCAAGCGUGUGCUCGAUCGCUCCGCCAUGGCCGCGCUGUCGGGAGGAGAGAUGUGCAUCAAAUACCUGAUGUUUGCCUUCAACCUGGUGUUCUGGCUUGCAGGCACUGCUGUGUUUGCGAUCGGCCUGUGGCUACGAUUAGAUCCAAAGACUAAAGGCAUGUUUGAAGGACCAGACUCUCCUUAUGUGUUUUACACAGGUGUAUAUAUCCUGAUUGGAGCUGGAGCUCUGAUGAUGGUGGUUGGUUUUCUUGGAUGCUGUGGGGCCAUCCAGGAGUCACCGUGUAUGCUGGGACUGUUCUUCUUCUUCUUGCUUGUCAUAUUUGCUGUUGAAAUCACAGCUGGUAUCUGGGGAUUCUCCAACCAAAGCAAGGUAGUGAACGACAUCACAACGUUCUACAUGGAGACUUACAACAAGUACAAGGAAAGAAGAGACGAGCGUCUUCGAGAGACACUGAGGGUGAUACAAACCGGGUUGAACUGCUGUGGUCCAACUAGUACUUCAAGCGACACUGCCAGAGACACGUGUCCCCCACGAGACUUGCUUGAGGACCUUAUUAUUAAGAGUUGUCCUGAUGUGAUUGAAGAAGUUUUUUACUCCAAGCUACAUGUCAUUGGAGGUGUGGGUAUCACCAUCGGGAUUAUUAUGAUAUUUGGGAUGAUCUUUAGCAUGCUCUUGUGCUGUGCAAUCAGGAAAUCUCGGGAGGUGGUGUGACACCCACGGUCAAACUCUCAAGUCCUUUGUUAAUAUUGCAUGAUGUCAUUCCUAGAGUCAUGUGACUCUCCACUGCCAAUAGAAACACUGCUUUAUUCAGGAAGGAUAACCUAAGAUCAGCUAGGUACAAAUACUUGAUUAUUAUAUGUCAAAGGUAUAACUGUACCACCAACACCAGGCUCACCUUUCUGGACUAGAUAGGUGCCAUGUGAUUAUAAGGCCCAAAUAUAGAAUGGGUGUCAUCUGUGCUUCAAUGGAAAUGUAGUACAGAAAUGUGUAAUUUUGUGGUCAUCUAAUUGAAAUUAGUGUUUGUGAACUGCUGAAUAUCUCAACUAAAGUUUGUAUUAGUACCUGUACUGUAUUUGAUCACAUUUCUACUGGUAAUCACUUGGAGUCAUCAAUGAACAACAGUCAGUAAACCACGAAAAAGAGACGACGACUUCCAACACACACAGCAAGCAGCUAAUGAAAUUGUCACUUUUUUAACGGCACUGCCAUCAAGCCACACUGAUAAACGAAAGCAGAGAACUGCGGUAACUAUUUUUUUUCCAGCCGAUGCUGCAGUAGCAUCUUCAUUUCAUUGUAAUUUGCCCCUUUCCUUUCUCUUUCUACAUUUUCCACUUUGCCCUUGCUAAAAUGCCUUCAGUUCUUUGAUUUUUUUUAAUAUUUUGUAAAUGCAUCUUUUUUAUUCUUAAACUUGUGGUUGUAUGAAAGUGUAGUUUGAUGAUGUAUUUUAUAAUCGAGUUUUGUUUUUACAGACUUGUCUUGAUUGAUACCAUAUGCACUUGUAAGUUUCACAGAAAUAUUAAUCAAAAGGUCCAAAUAAACCAAAAA